AUGUUAUAUUAUUUCUACAAGCUAGCCAUUCAUUUGAGAUAAUUUUCUGUAUCGAUCAAUAUAUAUAUAUAUAUAUAUAUAUAUAUAUAUAUAUAUAUACACACACAUAUAUUUCUUCGAUAUAGCAAUGGUUGCCCCUUGUCCAACAUCCAUGAUGGUAAGAACCAAGAAAACAAAGGCCAUGGGAGUUCCGACGAUAGACCUUUCCCUGGAAAGAUCGAAGUUGGCAGAACUAGUGGUGAAAGCAUGUGAGGAAUACGGUUUCUUCAAGGUGGUGAAUCACAGUGUGCCAAAGGAGGUUAUUGCAAGAUUGGAAGAGGAGGGAAAGGAGUUUUUCUCCAAAACCUCCUCGGAGAAGCGCCAAGCUGGCCCUGCCAAUCCUUUUGGCUAUGGCUGCAGAAAUAUUGGCCCCAAUGGUGAUAUGGGUCACCUCGAGUAUCUCCUCCUUCAUACCAAUCCUCUUUCUAUAUCUGAGAGAUCCAAAACCAUAGCAAAAGACCCUACUAAGUUCAGUUGUGUCGUGAAUGAUUACAUAGAAGCAGCUAAGGAACUAACAUGUGAGCUUCUUGAUCUGGUGGCGGAGGGUUUGUGGGUCCAAGACAAAUUCUCACUCAGCAAGCUCAUCAGAGACGUUCAUAGUGACUCACUUCUAAGGAUCAAUCAAUACCCUCCCGUGAGCCUAAAGGGCACCAAGAAUUGGGACACGUCCAAAGUUGAGGCACGUCAAAUCCAGAGCCAAAAUAAUAACAACAACAACAACAACAACAUUGGCUUUGGAGAGCAUUCUGACCCUCAGAUCUUGACCAUCAUGCGGUCCAACAACGUUGAUGGCCUUCAGAUUUCCACCCACGAUGGCUUGUGGAUCCCUGUCCCCCCUGACCCCAAUGAAUUCUUCGUUAUGGUUGGCGAUGCCUUGCAGGUUUUGACAAAUGGAAGGUUUGCAAGCGUGAGACACAGGGUGUUGACGAACACAACAAAGGCCAGAAUGUCAAUGAUGUACUUUGCAGCACCACCGCUGAAUAGGUGGAUCACUCCACUGCCAAUGAUGGUGACACCCCACAAUCCAAGUCUCUAUAAGCCCUUUACGUGGGCCCAAUACAAGCAAGCAGCAUACUCUCUAAGAUUGGGAGACGCUCGCCUUGACCUCUUCAAGAUCCAACGACAACAAGAUACCCAUCUCGCACCUGCUUCUCCCUGACACUUAGAUCGCAUUAUUCAUUGUUGAUAUUCUUCCACCACCUAAUUUAUUGUUAUGUUAGUCAAUAGUUGAAGUGUUUCACAGCCCUUUUUUCUUUAUUUAAAUCUUUCUCUUGCUUUAUAGCCUUUAUAGUUUGAUAAGGUCGCCAUUAGUGACUUACAUUAGGGGGAAAAAUAUUCUACCCAUAGUUGGUACUGUUGUAAAAUAUAGGCAACCUUUGAAUUCCUAUACAAGGGUAUUUUGACGUAGCGAAUGAUGACCUAAUAUGAAUUCCGCAGCACCA